AUGAAGCAACCAGAUAGCUUCGCUGUCGCCGUUCGCCUGGUUCCACAGUUGGAAAGAGCUCGCUCUGCUUCACGCAAUUCGACACUGUCUAAACCAGCACGGCCGCAGUUGAACUAAGCCGAGAGUGAUGAAGAUUUUUCUGAUGUUGCAACUCAACGCUUGAAAGGUUGGAACAAAGGUACCCCACGCGGCCGCUAUUCUUCUCGGGGACUCACCGGAAUUUAAUGUUAUUGUUGACAAAAUUAGGGCCAUUACGCCCGGGAUUGCCCUAAUGCUUCGGGAAAAGGACAUAGGGCACUACCACGGGUCGAUCCUUCCCCUUAAAUCAUCCAAGGACCCAAAAUGUUUCAACGGGAGAAGCGUCCAGGAGAGAGAAUUUGUUUGUUUUGAGUGGACUUGGUGUUCGUAUUUCUGGACUGAUCAAUCAGGCUCGGAUUUCAGUUCUCCUAGAUACUGGCGCUACCUCUAACAUCCUCAAUGAAGAAACUUGGAAGAAAAGCGGAAAUAAUCGUUCAGCUAAGCUUCAUAAGAUGAAACUGACUCCCGACUUGGCUAAUGGUGAAGUUUCAGCAAUUCAGGGAUCGGAAGAUCAGUAAUAUCCUUACGCCUCGGAAAUUCUAAAUUUUAAGCUGAUGUUGAUUGUUCGUGACAUUCCUCACGCGCGCAUUCUUGGAUCAGAUUUCUUGGAACAAGAGACAUGUCGAAUUUUGAUAUGGGAACCUUUGUGGCUAAGAGGGAAGAGCUACCGAUCUUUUAUCAGAAGAAGGCACCGAGCGUUUACUGUAUCAUCCUUUCAGAACAAGUUGAGUUCCAACCAGGAACAGGGCUAGUUUUAUGCGGAAAGUUAGAACCUGGAUUGAUGGGACACCCGCAAUUUUGGAAGGGAUCGAGAAAGAAGCAAUGGAAAAGUUUGGUGCUAGAUUUUGUGUGGCACAAACAUUAACUAUUCCAAAGGAGGGUAACAUGACUGUUCACCAAGGAAAUUUCUCAGAGAAAUCCAUCACCCUAAAGCCUGGGAAAGGACAAUUUCUCGAUCCCAUUCAAGAAUCCUUGUGGAUUCAAGUGCUAGUGAGAACAAUACGUCUUUCGAGCUAAAUCAAAGUCAUCAAGGACCAAAGGCUUUCUUGGAUGAAUCUGUGUGGAAGAUAGGUAUCCGUGCUGACUACUCAGGCCUUUCGAUAGAGCAACAAACUUCAUUUGCUGAUUUACUAGAGGAAUACCAGGAUUACCGGAGAUGGUGAGCUGGGGCGAACCCAUUUGAUGGAACACACAAUUGACACUGGCUCCGCCGCACCCAUUAAACAAGCACCCCGUCGUUUACCACCGUGAAGGAUGAAGUUGACCGACAACUCUCUCAGCUCAUGAAAAAAGGGAACAGAACCACCCAAUACCCCCGGGGGCAGUCCCACUGUUCUGGCCAUGAAGUAUGAUACUUAGAUGCUAUACAAGAGAUUACAUUUUAACAUAACACAGUUACUGUAAGGGAUGCUCAACCUCUUCCGAGGGCGGACGAUAUUCUGAAAUCCUUAGGUGUUGGGGCAAAGUGGUUCAGCUGCCUGAGCCUGUCCUCAGGGUAUUUGCAUGUCCCCGUUGCCAAGAAAGACUUGCUCAAAACGGCAUUCGUCAAGCAUCGAGGUCAAUUCCAGUGGACCUGUUUACGAUUGGGCUAACCAAUGGGCCUGGAACGUUUAUGUGGCUAAUGAACUUAGUGUUACGAGGGCUUAAUUGGAAGCACUGCUUGGUUUACUUGGAUGAUAUAAUUGUCAUACCCAGUGCGUUUGAGGAACACCUAUUCCCUCUCCGAGCAGUAUUUGAAAGAUUACGAGAGGCAGGGUUGAAAUUGAAACCGCAGAAGUGUGCCUUCCUUCAGGGAAAGGUCUCCUUUCUUGGUCACGUGGUAUCUGCUGUUGGCAUCAAUACUGAUCCAGAGAAGACUAGUGCUAUAAUUGACUGGCUAACCGGUGAUAAUACCUCGAAAGUGAAAGGCUUCCUCGGCCUCGUAACAUACUAUCGUCGAUUUAUUCCUUGCCUCUCAGAAAAGGCAGAACCUUUGAACUGCUUGACUAGAAAGGGGUCCUGAACAGGAGAGAGCCUUUUGUGAACUUAAGCAGUGCCUCGUUCAACCACCUGUUCUUGUAUAUCCUGACUGCCGCUUAUCUAGUGGUCAGUUUGUUCUGGAUAGCGAUGCGAGCAGUGGCCAUGGUAUUGGAGCUGUGCUGUCUCAGAAGCAGUAGAUGGUACAGAGCGUGUUGUGGACUAUGGAAGUCGAGCAUUACACCUCCUUGAAAGGAACUAUUGUGCAACUCGACUCGAGAUGCUUGUAUUAUUGGAAUUUUUCGACUAUUUUAGUUCUAUUUGCUUGUUCGUAAGUUUCUCAUCCGAACAGACCACUAUGCCUUGAAGUGGUUGAUGUUGUUUAAACAGCCUGAAAGACAAGUAGCCGGCUGGUUGGAGAGACUCCCAAGAGUACGAUUUUGACAUUUCGCAACCUCCAUAUCCACCCAGUGAUUACACAAAUCAAAGAAGGAAGAUCUCCACCCACAGCGUAAGAACAGGAAACCUACAGUCUCCUUACCAGAGCAAUAUAUGCACAGUAUCCAUUACUGGAACUGUGGGACAAUGUGUUGAAGCUAAAGGCUGAGGACAGAGAGAAGCACUAAAGGCCCGAUUCAUUCUCCUGCUAGCCUGGUGCACACUGCAUUGAAACGACUAUAUGAUGGAAUGGAAGUUAGUCACCUUCGGCGCCUCAAGACCUUGCGCAAGGUGCAAGCAAGAUUCUGGAGACCAGGCCUCGCUAGUGCUGUUAAGGAUUACGACGCAGCCUGCUUGACGUUUCAGGACGGGAAAACGUUCUGCGCAAGAUUCUGCGCACGUCUUAUCGCAGGCUCAAGGCGGGCUGUUCUGACUGUGUUUGUUUGUCACUGAGAGAAUUCUGACUGAGACUGAAAAAAAUGCUCGAGACGUAAAGCCUUUUUACCUGUUUGUUUUUUUUUUUCGUCACUUGAAAAUUACUUUUGAUUCAGAACAACCAAUGUUAAAGGAAAAACGGAUCAUUCCGUCAGUCUGAGGAAGAGGCGAGUAUUUUUCUGAUUGUGCAUUCGAUUAAUUUGUGAGUUGAUUUCACCUUCUUUCGCCGGGCUGAAUUAAAACCCGCUUGCAUCCUAUUAUUAGUAGUUACAGUUACUUUUAUUGCAUGCCCAGAUUUAAUACUUUUGCAGAACCAGAUUUAUCCUUCUCUUCGGUCAAAGAACCAUAUUGCUAACGUAUGCGAGUGAAUAAAGUUGCUGGUUUAAAAAUUUCUCAGAAAUAUAAGACCAGCAAGCUUACUCGAGAAGAAAAGACUACCUCGAUCAUUUCUCUGUUGCUCAAGUAAUAAUAGUCAGAGUGUUUUCAUGUCAUUUUUAAUUCAUACUUUUGUUUUUUAGUGUACUGUGAAAGUUUCUUUUCUUUAUAAGAAAUAACUUUCUGUACGCAAAUUUUCCUUUUCACUCACUGUGAAGUAGAGAACGAUAACUGCCGGCAGUGACUUCAAAACAAUUGACCCUUUGCCCGUGAACAAUUGCUGGAGCUGGACUUGACUGAAGCGAGCAAAGCAAACCCUUGUAAUGAUUUGCUGAGUGCAAGGUGCUUGAAUGAAGACCCUCGCAUGGACCAGUUAUUAAAAAUAGCUAAAUGUCACAAAUGGUGAAUCAUGGCUUGGCUGCGAAGCUUGUAACUGAUCAUUUGGUUUUAAGAUCUUUAGGUGGGUUGUUUUUCUAAAGAAAAUUCAUUUCUUCACUGUCAGGAGGUAGGAUUAUGAUAAUUUGUAGGUUUUGCAACCUUGUUCAAGCUUUUUUUUAGUUCGCUGAAUUUUGUGCAUGAUGGAAUUGUUCUCUGCUUGUCGCAUCUCUUGGUGAGCUUAAAGUGGCGUCUCUUCCUUAAAGUGAGUCAGUUGGAAAUUAAAUCAUAUACGUAACCGGAAAGCAAUUUUUGCAAUAAUGUAACUUUAACUUUGUUUGAAGGAAAUCCUACUUAUGCGCAGGUUUUUGACAGGUGUUAUGCAUGUUCAACUUGAGAACACAAAGCAAAAUUUAUCUGCGAGAAACUAUUAAGUUUUGACUGAAAACUAUAGUUGCUUUGAAACCGAUUUUUGGGAAGAUUUUACUUCAUAAAGAUUGACUCUUUUUCUGCCCACAUAUCAACGCCAAAACUUCUACAUUGAGGAUUUUGUUUAUAUUUCAGUGGUCUGUGAAGCUACAAUUGUCUGAUCGAGGGUGGGUUUUAAAAUUUCAGCUCGAGGGCGACAAGGUUCAGUGACUUCAAACACUUUGUGGGCGUACAUUAAUUUUUUUGGGCAAAUCAUUGUACAAAGAUAUAUAUAUAUAUUUUUUGUCCACAGUGGAGCUCCAGACCUUAUAUAUCCAAGACCUUCCUUAUAUGAACACAUUUUGUGAAUGCAUCUUGAAAAAAAUCGGACCUACGCAUGCACAUUUCAAGUACAACGCAAGAAAAUUACCGUCGUUAAAGUCCGUUUUACCAUAAGAUAUUUUUCCAGAAAAUUAACUAAUGAGAUGGUUAUAACCACAGCUUGCAACUUUAGACGAAAAAUUGCUUGUACUUUUCAGGUUUUGAGUGGAAACAUCUUAUAAUUUUUAGGCAAAAAAUAUUUGAAAUCCCGCCAUUUUUUCAAACCCGGCCAGGGGAUCUGGGCAAAAAAGUUCAUGCAUGCUCAUCACGUUUUUCCGCCCUGAAGUUUGACGUUUGUUUAGUGGAAAACAGCUUAAAAAGGCCCAGCAACGACAGAAGGAUUGCUUUGACAAGGGUGUUGAAACUUGCCAAUAUGCACCCGGUGACUUGGUUUUCCUGUUCAAUCCUCAGGUUAAGACAGGCGAAGCUGCGAAGUUUCACGGCGAAAGGAAGGGGCGUUAUGAGGUUCUAGAGCGCACAAUUGAGGUUAACUAUCGCAUAAAGACGCCAAGUGAUCCCGGAAGCCGUUCGAAAGUUAUUCAUUUUAACAAUUUAAAGCUGUACCAGUGCAAACGAGGUGAAUUC